GAUGGUGGGAUGAAUCACUUUUUGGGGGAGGGGGGAGGAGGUCUAAUUCCUCGGAGCAGUCAAGUGCAAUGUCCCUCAGCGCAGAAAGCUGUGACAAGUAGUUGAAGGGAACAAAGCAGUGUAUACAGAGACGAGACUGACUGACUGACUGGCUGACUGGCUGGCACGAAGUUGCAGCUCUGAGGCCGAGGGACAAAUCUUGACUGCUGGAGAUAAAACAUGGGAGUGUACAAUGAACAAGGAGCGGCCCUCGAGGCACCAGCGCCCAACCACAUGCUGAUCAAAGAGAGCAACGGAGGGUCCCACCGCCUCUCCCUCCACAGAGGACUCAGCAAAAGUCCACCCAGAGACAUCUUGGAUAACACGAUGUUUAUGGUCGGGGGAUGGACCCAGGACGACCCGUCCUGCUUGGUGGAACAGUUCUGUCCCGAGCACAACGAGUGGAGAUCUGCGGCGCGCAUGGUCAACAGUCGAGGCUCCGUGGCCGUGGGCUCGCUGGGUGGGAAGAUAUACGCGGUGGGUGGAGAAGACAAGGUCCGAUGCUACAGCAGUGUGGAGAGGUACAGCCCAGACACCGACAGCUGGAGUGCAGACGUAGCCCCCUUGAGCAGCCCCCGCAGCGGCGUGUGUCUGGUGGCGAUGGACGGAAGCCUGUACGCCAUCGGGGGACACGAUGGCAUUACGGCCAUGAAUACUGUGGAGAGGUACGAUCCGAAAAUGAACGCGUGGAGCAUUCAGGCUCCGAUGCUGAGCAGACGUACCAGAGCAGUGGCCGCUGUGCUGGAUGGCCAUUUGUACGUGUUCGGGGGGAACGACGGUGACAUGGCUCUGAGUUCAGUGGAGCGGUACAAUCCUGCGGACGGUACCUGGUCGAUAUGUGCCCACAUGCGGAGUCCCCGGGAGAACGCCGGCUGCACCGUCUACCUGGGACACGUCUAUGUGGCCGGGGGCAGAGACGAGCUCGGCCUGGAGCUGUGCGCCGCGGAGAGGUUCGACCCCGACACCAUGAGGUGGUCCCCUGUGAAGCGCAUGAGGAGCAUGAGGGACAACAUGUCCCUGGUUGUGUUCAAUGGUGCCUUGCUGGCCGUGGGAGGCUCUGAUGGUGUCAGCAACCUGAAAACAAUGGAAGUGUACAGCCAUGAAACCAACACGUGGAGACACUUUGGAAGCAUGAAGAGCAAGCAUCCGGGAGGCCGAGUGGCUGUGCUGCGCCGCUGACAACCUCAACAACGCUUGUGUGUUAUGUGAACAACGGGGAUAAAGGUGUUGGAGAAAAAUAGCCCUAAUGGAUGCGCGCCACCCGGUCUCCAGGACACAUUGUGAUAUGGUUCGAGUAAGGCAACAUAAUGACUGAGUAAUUAAAGUGUUCACUCCAAAAUGAGACAUCCCCUGCAUUAGUCGGAGGUGGCGGUCGCUGGUGAAAAAAAGAAAGAAAAGAAAAUGACUGUGAGCAUUGAAUUGAAGCAUAUUACAGGCCAACAGGUUGCUGUAUAUGUUAUUGGUCUUUUUUUUAUGUAUCUAGCCCACAAAACAGAACUCUUUUAUAGAGAGGAAUCUGUGGAAAACACAUUUCAGGAUGCAUUUUUUUUUUUAACCAACCCUUACAACAGAUCAAAUUUUUGGACUAGCAGCCUUAAAUUACAGUCUCAAUAUGAUAUUGACAUUAUAUUAGAUAAAGAUAAUCACAAUGUGAAACAUGAGGAAGUGAUGGUUGUGUUUUAAGAGAUAGUACACCGAGUGACAUUUGUAAAUAUUUUUGGGGCUUUCAUGUGCAUUCGUGAUUGAGGUGGAACGAAGGUCGACGUGGAUUUACCGCAGGCAUUUGUUUGAAGAGAAAAGAUUUAAAAGUCAAAAUGAUUGGUG